AUGCGAUUCCGCACCGACCUCCGUAACGUGCGCACCUUCUCCAAACUAACCGCUGCCCUCUCGUCCCUCGAGAAAAUCGCCUGGGUCCGUCUCGACGACGACACUGUGCGCUUUACCGUUAUCCCCGACACCGGCUCACAAGUCUGGGCCUCCCUCUCUGUACCCCUCAUCUUCGACAACUACCACAUCCAGUCCGCCGAGCCAAACAACACCAUAAACCUCGAACUCCCCCUCCAACCUUUACUCCGCGCACUCAAAUCUGCCAUUGGGUCCAGCUACGCCAACUUGAGAUUAACAAAAAAAGAUGGCCUCCCUAUGCUGAGCAUGACAAUCCACACCAUGACGCGGGACAGUGGGGGUGAAGCGCGGGGGCGUAAGGCCCCUGGCUUUGGGGCCAACUCGGGGGAAGCAGAAGAAGACCAUUUCACCUCCCAAUCCUUUGCCCCCGAGCCGUUAGAACUCACUAUGAAGCGCGAGCGCGAAAAAAUCAUCACACAAGAUAUACCAGUCCGCGUCCUGCACCCCGACACAGUCGAGACAAUCAUGCAACCAAAAGUGCGCGAGCCAGACGUGCACAUCCAGCUUCCACCUUUGCUUCAGCUGAAAGCCAUCUCCGACCGGUUCACCAAGCUCGCCCUUACAACCUCCACCAACUCCAGAUACUCCACUCCAAAAUUAGUCCUCCAAGCCAACAUGCAUGGCAGCCUCCGCCUCUCCCUGCACACCGACACUCUCUCCAUAACUUCCACCUGGACAGGGUUAGAAAACCCCGAGCUGGACGAGUCCCAAUUGCCCGUUCCCAUCGAGGAACACCCAUCGACAAUAUUCAAGCGCGCCGGGCCAGACCGGUGGGCGACGGUGAGGGUGGAUGGGCGAGAUUGGAGCCGAGUGUUGAGUGUGGGGAGGUUGGAGGGGCGGGUGAUUGCUUGUUUUUGCGACGAACAUGCGCUAAUAUUGUAUGUGUAUGUGCCGCAUUUGGAUGGCGGGGACCAGGGGAGGGAGGAGAGGGGGGUCGGGGGGGAGAGAGAAGAUGUUGUUACGGUCAUCAAGGGACACGAUUUGGACGGCGUUAUGGUUACGGAUGGAGCUACAAGGACAACAGGCUAA